AUGUCAACUGUAGUCUACUAUUCGAACCAUAAUAUGCCAGUUGAAGACGUUCAUUCCAAACAUAUAUUACCUUCAUUAGCUCAAAUUAUGCCUCCAGUUAAUCAACAACAAGCUCAACAGCAACAGCAACAACAACAACAGCAAAAUUAUCAUACAGAUUUGGGAACUGCUGCUGCGGUUGCAGCCGCUGCCGCCCUUAACAACGCCAGUUCAAAUCCUAUUCAACCUGGUCAAAUCUCUCCUAAUUUAGUAGGUAAUAAUUUAAUGCCAAUGAUGUUUGGUGAUCAAAAAGUUAUGUACCUCCAGCAACCACAACAAGGCUCUCCAGAAGUUUUUUCACAAACUAGUCAAUCCUCAACUGCUAAUACUACUCCUGCUUCUUCCUUCAGUGGUGCUUCCGCUAACUAUUCAAAUAAUCUACAUCUUCAUCCUUCUCAUAACCAUUCUUCUACUUCGAAUGGUACCCUUUCUGAAACUGAAAAAUGUAUUUGUAAAUCUAAUACCAAUAGAAUCCCAAGACCAAGAAAUGCUUUUAUAUUAUUUAGACAAAAAUACCAUCAAUCUGUCUUGGACGAAGGUAAUGUUAUUAGAACUAAUCCAGAAGUAUCUAGAGAAUUAGGUAGAAGAUGGAGAGCUUUAACAACUGAAGAAAAGGGCCAUUGGAAUAAUUUAGCCGAAGAAGAAAAGAAGAACCAUGCUAAGAAAUAUCCAGGUUAUAGAUAUACUCCAAGAAGAAAUGGGAAGAAUAAAAACUGUAAUUACUGUCGUCAAAAAGCCAUUAGACAACAACAAGCUGCUGCCGCCCAACAACAACAACAACAGCAACAACAACAGCAACAAGUCCAAGCACAGCAACAACAGCAAGCUCAAGCACAACAAUAUGCAGCUGCUCAAUUACAACAAGAACAGUAUCAACAAUAUUUACAAAUACAACAACAAGGUCAAUCACCAGUACAAGCUAUACCGCAGCAAGCUGCUCAAAAUAAUUUCUUAACCGGAAACUCUAAUCAUAAUCAACAGUUUAUAAUUUCAACUAAUCCAUUCCAAAAUGCUUCUAUCAACAAUAAUGCCAUGAUUGCCCCAGCCGCUCCUCAAAACUAUCAAUUUUCAUUUAAUAAUAACGCUACUAAUAAUAAUCCUAAUGUAAAUAAUAAUACUGGUAAUGAUUUAACUCAUUCAACUGGUGCUCAAGAGAAAUUAUCCCCAUUAUCGAACGUUCCAGGUCAAAUAGGUCAACAUUAUGGAUUACAUCCCCAUCAACAACCUGCUGGAUCAGGUCCAACAUCUUCCAAUGGUGUUAUAGGUGGAAAUAGUAAUGAAUUUGGUGGACAAUUUACUAUUGGAGGUUAUGAUCAAGGAGUUCCAGCUAGUAACCAACAAAGAUAUAAUUCUUUACCAAAUCCACUUAAUAAUAAUGGUCCAAAUGCUGGUGGUUAUAGUUUUGAUGCUUAUAAUUCUCAACAACAAUAA